UCGCGGUAAACGGUGAGCAAGAUUCUGUACUGCCGGAGAGAUUGUCGUCGGUCGCCUGUCGGAACUUCUCGGAUCUCUGUGCUGUGUUCAAUCUCGUGCACUGUCCUCUCUCUCUCUUUCUCUCUCGCUCUCUCUCUCUCUCUCUUCAUGCUGUCUAUCUCCUGCUACCUGUACCCCUCAGCUCGGAGUCUCUCAGUUCCAGUGGCUCAGUCACAGCGCACAGUGCACGGAGCCCAAGUGUCCAACACCGAACCCGACCGUAUUCAGUCCUCCGCGAGGCAGCGAGAAGCCCAGCCCUGGAUUCAAUACUUUUAAUCAAUGGACAGAGCCCUCUCAACGGCCAACCGAGGUACCGACACGCCAUAAGCAGUCCUUAUCCUCUGGCUGGUGUUCCCCCUGUAGUGUGGAGGGGGAUGGAGCGUGGCGGAGGAGAGAGCCCUCGUUUACGGGAGAGCCCCGAGCGACGUGGGAGCAGCAGUCCUGAUAUCGGCGGCCCCCCACCAAAGAUGGGGCGUCUGGAGCUCAACGGCAGUCCCACAGGUCACCGCAGCCGCCACAAUGGGGCCCCACAGAGACCUCUCAGUGGUCUGAUGAUUCCAGUCUUCUGUGUGGUGGAGCAGGUGGAUGGAGGGAUGAUAUCAGAUGGAGAGAGCCGGGAGGAACAUGCCGAGUUCGUGCUGGUCAGGAAAGACAUCCUCUUCACUCAGCUGGUUGAGACUGCACUUCUCGCCCUUGGAUACUCCCACAGUUCUGCAGCCCAGGCACAUGGCAUCAUUAAGGUGGGCCGCUGGAACCCCCUGCCCAUCCAUUACCUGACAGAUGCUCCAGAGGCAACGGUUGCUGAUAUGUUGCUGGACGUUUACCACAUGGUCACGCUACGCAUCCAGCUACAGAACUUUGCAAAACUGGAGGACCUUCCAUCAGAGCAGUGGAAUCACGCUACAGUACGCAACGCCCUCAAAGAACUGCUCAAAGAGAUGAACCAGAGCACUCUGGCCAAAGAAUGUCCACUCUCCCAGAGUAUGAUCUCCUCGAUAGUGAAUAGCUCCUACUAUGCUAACGUCUCAACUGCCAAGUGCCAAGAGUUUGGUCGCUGGUACAAGAAGUACAAAAAAGUUAAAGGGGACUAUUUGUGGCAAGGACGGGAGAGCUCAGAAAUCAAGGUUGAAAGGGACAGCCUCACGGACUUCUGUGUAUUAGCCCAGCGUCCGCCCCCUCACCUGACUGGUCUGGCGCAGCUUGGUCCGUUGAACAGUGGCAGCUCUCUGGUGAAAGGCGGAUCUGGAGAGCAUCAGAAUUCAGCCCAGUCUCAGCCUCCAUCUCAAGGGCAGCCGCAAACUCCAUCAUCUCAUGGACAGCUCCAUCAUAGUCCUCCGCUAAGAGCUCAGGUGCCUCCUCCGCCUCCGCCAACCGGCCUGCAACCUCUUUUGGCACCCGGAGGACUUCUCUCACCCCAGCUUAGUCCACAGCUGGUGAGGCAGCAGUUAGCCAUGGCUCAUCUUAUCAACCAGCAGCUGGCCGUCAGCCGCCUCCUGCAUCAGCAUCCACAGGCUCUUAACCAGCAGUUUCUCAAUCACCCACCCAUCCCACGGCCUAGCAAGUCCGGUUGUCCUGGAGAACCCGGGUCCAACCCCUCGGCUGCAGAAGUCUCCUCUGAUAUCUACCAGCAGGUGCGAGAUGAGCUGAAAAGAGCCAGUGUCUCACAGGCAGUGUUCGCUCGAGUUGCCUUCAACCGUACACAGGGCCUGUUAUCGGAGAUCUUGCGAAAAGAAGAGGACCCACGCUCAGCCUCUCAGUCCUUGCUAGUUAACCUCAAAGCGAUGCAGAACUUCCUGAACUUACCUGAGAGUGAGAGGGACCGAAUUUACCAGGAAGAGCGAGAGCGCAGCAUGAAUCCCCCUGUGAGUCUGCCCCCAAGCACAAACCCCAGUCCUGGUGGCGCCCGCCUUUCUCAGAAACUGUGGGAGCGCAGCAUCGAUGAACAGUUAACUCCUGACGCAUGGGCAUCUAUUUGGAAGAAUAAGACCAAAAUCACAAACUCGUCUAAAACUUCUGGUCCUAACCCUGACAUUCCUCUGAAACUGGAGCCACUGGUUAACAUCACCUCAGCCAUUUAUGACGAAAUCCAGCAGGAGAUGAAACGGGCAAAAGUGUCUCAGGCACUUUUUGCCAAGGUGGCAGCCAACAAGAGCCAAGGAUGGCUGUGCGAGCUGCUUCGCUGGAAAGAGAGUCCCAGCCCCGAGAACAGGACUCUCUGGGAGAAUCUGUGUACCAUCCGGAGGUUUCUGAGCCUUCCACAGGCAGACAGGGAUCUGGUGUAUGAGGAAGAGUCCCGCCAUCACCACAGUGAACGGAUGCACACUGUACUACACUUGCCCACUGACCCUCAGGCACUUCACAGACAGCCCAUACAGCCACUGAAGGAACACUCUCCAAUUCGAGAAGAACCUGUUCCCAGUUCUGGAGCUGAAGAGAACCCCCAGGCUAACGCAGGUUCAGGCAACAGCGGAGGGGUCAGCAACGUCACAAAAAAACCUCGCUCUCGCACCAAAAUCUCUCUGGAGGCUCUAGGUAUCUUACAGAGCUUCAUCCAAGAUGUGGGCCUCUAUCCUGACCAGGAAGCAAUCCACACCCUUUCAGCCCAAUUAGAUCUGCCCAAACACACCAUUGUUAAAUUCUUCCAGAACCAGCGUUAUCACGUGAAGCAUCAUGGUCGACUGAAGGAGCUUGGAUCUGAGGGUGGUGGUGUAGACGUAGCCGAAUAUCGUGAUGAGGAACUGUUGUCCAGUUCGGAGGAAGCAGAAUCCAGUGAAGAUGGCCACGAGGAGAUCUACAGUGGGCAUGAAAGCGCACCAGCUGGAGCAGUCAACUCGGUCUCAACUCCAGCUGUUUCUUCAGGCCAGGAUGAGAAUAAAGAUAAAGGCCUGCCUCUGGGAUCAGCCAGACCCAGCUCCCUGCCCCCAUGUGGUUCAUCCCCAAGUCCCCGAGAUCAAGCAGAAUAUCAGAGAUAAAACAGUCUCAACAAAGACUAUACUGUAGGUGGGGAAAGGCACGGAGUGAGCACUUACAACUAUUCUGUAGUGGAGGAGAGACAGCUUAGAAACUUACUGACAAAGACACAGUGUCCUCUGAGGACCUGUAAAAGGCAAACCAGACCAGACAAGAUCUGCAUUUUGAUUAAGCUGACAUGUAAAGUUCUGGUGGUGAAAGAUGGGUUGUGAUCUACUCCUGGCCUCAUAUGUCACGAGUUACUUACAGGGAUGGCAUGGUACAGAUGCAAUCCCUAUGGCGAGCUACAAGAAAAGAAUUUGGUUGGCUGGAAAGCAUUCUUUUUCUAGAUGUAAAUCAUCAAAUUAAGGCAAGAUAGCUGCCUCAACCCUAAGAUGUCACAAGUAUUCAAACUUGCAUGCUAAGAAUGUCAAGAAGGCCAGGCUUUCUAAUCUGAGAGCAGGGGGUCUCUCACAAAAUACCACUAUCCAUGCCCCCUUUUUAUCUAUACAGGGUUAAGAUGGCAGGGACAGUGCUUUAGAUGAGCCAGUGAUCUCCUAUAGGACACAAACAACUUCACUCCUGUCCGGCCAGGGAGUCUAGUGGGUGGCUGUGGCUGUCCUCAUCUUCCCCUCCAUGACGGGGCAUUCUGGCGGUUGCCAACUGAGGGCCAUGCUUGACUGUUAAGCGGUCGGUUGGGAUGGAGGUACAUAUGAGAUCUUGGGUGUACACAUCAGCCCAGCCUAGGAACCCUACUAUAAACACAUGUGGUGUGCUGAAAGGUCCACAGUUAGCCCAGUGGCGCUUUUGAAGACCACGCCAUCCUUCCCACAGCCAGCCACAAGCGUCAUUCCAAGCAGUCCUACACGGUUCAAGAAAUCACUCCUUUACCCCCACCACCCAUGCACACCCAAUAAAGACUGUGCACAACAUCCCAAUCCAUCACUCCUGUCCACUGGUUGAAGGUUUGCUUUAUACAGAUAUGUUUAGAACGUAGGUUUCAUUCCAGGUUUGCUCUCUCUACACUUAAAAGACAGUGAGAAUAAAACAUAAUUGGCGGGAGGAUUGACUGCUACGGACGGAAGGACACUGGUGAGGGUGCAGUCUAACUGCAUCUGCCUCUGGCCUAGUGGAAAAGAGCAAAGCAUUUCCAGCAACUGCGCUUGUGUGGAAGUGCGGUAGUUGUUCUCUCUUCCGUCACCUCCCACAGCUUUCUCUUUUACUGACUGAUGCCCACAAUGUCCUGAUUUGACCACACUUACCCACAUCCAACUCCAACUCCACAGCACUAUUUAUUGCUAUCUUCACCCUCAAUUAUUAUUGUUGUUAUUGUUAUUAUUGUUAUUAUGGUUGUUCUUGCUGUUAUUUUUAGUUAUAUUUUCAUGUUCUAAUAUCAGCUUUUGGAUGCAGCAGAUGUUUUGGUAAUGAGAGACAUUGUGAAAGAAAGAAACACUGCCAAAACAGAGAGGAACGAAUUGGAAGCAGUUACUGAAGUUACUGAGUCAAUCAUGUGAUAUGUAUUGCAAAUUCUGUCCGCAUUAUGUACUUUUCCAAAGAGAACACCACUUUGCAGAUGAGGUGUUGAAUAUUAAAACAAUAGAAAUAAGAGGAAUCAUUGGAAUUUUUAUGAUCCUUUUGUGCAUACGAUGACAAUCCUUCUUUUGAGCCAAUCAGAACUCAGCAAAGCAUGCAUUCUGAUUGAAAAUUUGAUUAGCAUAACUUGAGGCAACAAGGCCACCUGUUGCAAAUCAUCCAUGACACCGUGGCAACUCUUGGAUCCAGGGUUCUGAUUUGUUUUUGAGAAUCAGCUGCUACUUACUCUUUCACAGACAAAAUAUUGUUGUAAACCUUAUACUAACCCUUAAACUAUUUUUGUUUCAAACUAGUGAUAAUUGUGGUCUAUGUCCAUGUUUUGUCCACUACAAAUGGAAAUGUUUUCUUUAGAAUCUUUAAUGUACAAAAAAAUGCUGAUGUGGUUCUUCUAGGUCUUUUGAUCAUCCUGACUCUUUCACAUAGGCACAGUGUCCACACCUGCACAUGCCUUUGACUAACACAUUCCAGCAAAACAUUAGUUAAAAAUUGGGAUACACAUAGUAUUCUCAAAAGGUAUAGAAGAUGGCACUCCAAUCAGAAGGUACUGUAUAUAACCGUGAGAAGUUGUUCUCUAGUACAUUGAUCAUUUGUACCUGGUUAUGAUUUCAUUGUGACCAUUCGGCAUUUCUCACAAAUAUUCAAGUGAAGACCAGACAAAGGCAUCAAGGACAAGAGCUCUCUAAUAAGAUGUGCAGGUGGCAAAAUAGUCUGGUGUGCUUUAUACCUAGUAACUGUUGACACCUAGACAGCCUUAGACUAUGAUGUGCUUCUCUGCUGUUCAACUCUCCAGAGAGAUUGAAUUAUUUGAACCAUUUUCUCUCCAAUUCACCCAUUUGCAUCAUCGCCUCAUUUCAAUUUCACUCUUGCUGUGUUUGCUUGAUUGCACCCUGGUCUGCAUUUACCCAAAUCUGAACUUUAUGGUCAAUCAUAAGUGAUUAUACAGACCUGAUGUACCUCCUUGUCUUUUAUCAUUUCUCCCAUAAAAAUCUUACUGCAAACAACCUAAUAAUAUCUUUUUUCAUGAUCACUGACAUUUUUUGUUUAUUUCACCCUCUUACUACUCAUUUAAAACCUUUAAGGUUAGAUACAUUUACGUAUCAUCUUUAAAUGUUAGAAGUUGCAUUUGAUAAUGGAAAGAGCUACCGAAUGACGAGAUACACAAUCUACACUAUGAAAUCUUGGUUACCUGCAGGUUUUGCAAAAGGUCUUUAAUAACAUGGUAGUGAUCGCCUGCUUGAUCUACACCUUACUUAAGCCUGUCAAUCAUCCACCCCUUUCGUUACACUGUGAGCAUCUACUCCAAAUCCUGCCACCCCGCCAAGUCUAGAUCAGCUGGAGACAAGUACUUCUGAUGAGUCCGUCCCUAUACACCUCCCAAAUUACCCUCAUAAAUGAUGAAAGCAUGUGCACGCAUGUGUCUGUGUGUCCUAGACUGGUGUUUAACCUACCGUGGGGGUGGCUUACCACUCAGCAGGAGAGAACAACCACACACUUCUUCUCCUCCCUCCUCUCCGUCUUUGUCAGAGUUAGUGGCGAGAGUGACGCAGAGGAGAAACAAAGAAGAUUCCAAGAGUCCCUGAUGAGCACUAGGUCAAGGUCACUGCCCAAUUACCCAUGUCUUUCAUUUUCAUUCUGUCUUUUCAGUUCUCUCUACCAUCCUCUCCGUUUCCUCAUUUUCUCGUUCACCAGGCGGGAAAGUAAUCGUUGUCUCCCAUGCUGUGGUGUCGAGGUUAAGUGGAGGUGAUCAUGUCUCCUUGUGGAGAGGCUAGUUCCUUGAAAGGCAUGUCUGAGAAGUGUUGCAGUUAAGACAAAGGUUUGGUCUGACUUGGUGUCUGGUCGGCUACAAAGCCACUAUCACAUUAGGUUGACUUUUUUAGGUUGAGUCUUGAAUGGAAAAACUGAAUGCCACUUUCAUGUAUUUACACACCCUAUUUAGACAAUUCGAUUGGGACGACCUAAACUUUGACUCUCCAAGUGUUUAUAAUUUAUCGCUUUGAUGUGAAAUUUACGGGUACACAAGAAUGUC